GUCUGCAAAUAAUGCUUAGACUCUACUGUAUGUUAAUUACUACAAUUUGUCAAAGUGGGUGAUGUAUCGCAUAUAGCUAGAACAAAUGUAUACAAAACUUUCAUAUAUCUGAGCAGAGCGAGCAUCGAUCUGUCUUCUCUCUCUCACAGAUCACCGGCCACAAUGAUCAGUAACUUUGUUCUAAUUCUCCUGCAAAUACUUCUAGGUCUUCUGGCCUUACCCAUCACGUCAACGGUGGCUGUAGUGUUUGUGAGCAUAGACUGUGGCUCAUCCAAGUCUUUCAUCGAUGAUAAGCAUAAUAUAACAUGGGUCGGAGAUGAUCAAUACAUUAAAAGCGGUGAAAGCCGAGCUGUGCAAGCAGCUCCUGAAUCAUCAAUUUCUCCCAUCUACUCUACCCUCAGAGUAUUCCCCACCAGAAAUAAGAACUGCUACUCCAUAAACGCCGGAGGCAAGGGACAGCGUGUCCUUCUCCGUGCAUACUUCUACUAUGGAAAUUACGACGGCAAAAUGUCUCCACCGACGUUUGAUCUUCAGUUCGACGGCAACGAUUGGGUUAAGGGUGUAAAUGCCAGUGGAGGCCCAUCUUACUACGAAGUCAUCUACGUCACCAAGUUUGAUUCUUUAAGCGUAUGUCUUGCUCAGACAGAAGACAACCAGUAUCCCUUCAUUAAUGGUAUAAAUGUGAGAAGCUUAGAUUUAGGCCUUUACAGUGACAUUGAUUCGGGUCGUCCAUUAUUCACAAGAGACCGCAUAAACUAUGGUGGAGACAAAAUUCUGCGGUACCCUGAUGACCCAUAUGAUCGUUUUUGGUUUCCGGACAAAGGAGGGAAUAGACUGAGCACUGUUAAGAGGGAUUCGCUGAACACGGUUGUGGAAUUCUCAAACAAACCUCCGAGAUCCGCAUUACUAACAGCAAUGACCACCGAUAACUCAGCCACCCUUGACCUCAAUCUUUAUUUUCCAAAGACCGAGAUCACCAUCUACAUUAUUCUCUACUUCGUCGAAUUGCUUGAUCAGUCCAAUUCUGACCGAACUUUCUUCCUUUACAUCAACGAGGAGGCAAGUUUUGAUCCCAUAACCCUACAAUAUGGUGGUGCCGCGUACAAGUACGUUGUGGCGAAAGCAUCUUCUGGAACAGUCUUCUCUUUAAGAUCCUCAUCAGAUUCUGCUCUUCCGCCAUUAAUCAAUGCAUUGGAGCUUUUUAGUGUCGGUCCUUCGCUCACUAAUGGAACCCUCAAUAAGGACGUAAGAGCAUUAGCGUUGUUACAGAAGACCUUUACUCAACUUCAAGAAUGGAGUGGCGACCCUUGUCUUCCAGAGAAAUUUACGUGGGAUUGGGUUGAAUGUAGUUAUCAGAAUACACCCCGAAUAACAAGACUGAAACUCAAUGACCUUGGACUGAAAGGAUCCCUACCAGAUUUUAGUGCCUUGGAUGCCCUUCAACAGAUAGACUUGCAUAACAACCUUCUAACUGGAAAAAUCCCUGAUUUCUUGGGAGAUUUUCCCAACCUCAACUCCCUAAACCUAGAAAAUAACACAUUUAGUGGAUCAAUACCAGCUUCACUCACCAACAAUAACAACUUAAAGUUGAAAGUUUCUGAUUAUUCAUCAGGUACCUGUGCUUCUCAGCCAUGUAAGCCUUCCAAUAAUAGGACUUCAAAUUCACCACCAUCGAGUAAGAAGAGCGAAAGUUUGCUAAUACUACUUGGGAUGAUUCCAGUUUUCGUCCUUAUUCAGUAUUCUUGACAUUGAUUAUUUAUUUAUAUUCAUAUA